AUGGCUACCCACAGGUUUGAUCCGAACUUCACCGACAAUGUCAUUAAUGCGAUGGGUCCCAAAACCUCGCCCCGGUUGCGACAGCUGAUGACAGGUCUGAUUCGCCAUGUGCACGACUUUGCGCGCGAGAAUGAACUCACCGUGGAUGAGUGGAUGGCCGGUGUGAAAAUGCUCAAUUGGGCCGGGCAGAUGAGCGAUGAUAAGCGGAACGAGGGCCAGCUGGUGUGCGAUGUAAUCGGGUUGGAGUCCCUUGUCGACGAAAUCACUUUCACUCUCGCCGACGAGGCAAAGGAUGCGCCCACCGCCACGGCCAUCCUGGGCCCGUUCUUCCGUGCCGAUACCCCGUACCGCGAGAACGGCGCCGAUAUCGUCGUGACCAAGCCCAAGGACGGUGAGAUGGCCUUCAUGCAUGGCCAGGUUGUCGACUUUACCACGAAGAAGCCGCUGGUCGGCGCGACGGUCGAGGUCUGGCAGGCAUCGACCAAUGGUCUGUAUGAGCAGCAAGAUCCGGAUCAAGUUGAAUUCAACCUGCGCGGCAAGUUCAAGACCGAUGCCGACGGCCGGUACUACUUCUAUUGCUUGCGACCGACUCCCUAUCCGGUGCCUAAUGAUGGCCCCGCGGGCAAGCUGCUUGAUCUCAUGGACCGUCACCCCUUCCGCCCGGCGCACAUUCACAUCAUCGCUACCUACGAUGGCUAUCGCCCUCUGACUACCCAGAUCUUCGACCGUAAGGAUCAGUAUCUCACUAACGACUCCGUGUUUGCCGUCAAGGACUCGUUGGUUGUGGACUUUAUUGAGCGCAAGAAUGACCCUCAAGCUGGUCUUGAGUUGGAAUAUGACGUCAAGCUGGUGGCCUGCGACGCAACCAAGACCACGUAA